CACUGUGAUGUUGUUCAUUAGUUCGUGCACAACGCUUAUUUAAGCUCAGUUUGAUUAUUUUCCUCACAGUUCACACAACUAUUUAAAACUUGAAAGUUACGAUUGUUCAACACAGUAACGUAAAAGAGAAUUUUAAAAAUUAUAUUUUAGCAACCGGAACACCGACGAUAUUUAACGCGAAUCGAAUUGUCGUAUUCACUUCCGUCAACGGAAAUAGAUCGCGAGAUCUCAUUGUUCAUUUCAUCUCGCAUCGUAUUGACGACCGGACCGGACGUAUCUGCCUAUAAAUAAACACGCACGCAGAACUUAACAUGCCGGCUACGACGUUCCGCACGUUCGCCCGUUCAUUUGGGUCGAAAAUUGAAAAACCUGUACGUACACAUUUAGUCAAUGUGUAUGCCUGUUUAACAGUAUCCAUGAUAGCAGCUGCAAUUGGGGCUUAUGUCCAUGUUUUCACAAACUUUCUAAGUGCUGGAUUAUUUACAACUCUGGGUGCUACUGGAUUACUAUUAGCACUUAUGUACACACAAGAUAAUGGAAAAAAUCGUUCUCUCAGAAUAAGUUAUUUAGUUGGAUUUACUUUCUUCACUGGCCUUGGAAUUGGACCAGUUUUAGAAUAUGUUAUCCAUGUGGACCCCAGUAUCAUACCAACAGCAUUUUUGGCAUCUACAUUGGUGUUUACAUCAUUCAGUUUGUCUGCCAUUUUUGCUGAACGUGGAAAAUGGCUCUACCUAGGUGGUACUUUAAUGUCGUUGCUGUCUGUUCUGAUGUGUUUGUCUUUGGCUAACUUAUUCCUUGGUUCAGAGCUUAUAUUCAAAAGUUAUCUUUACCUUGGUCUAGCACUUAUGAGUGGUUUUGUUUUGUACGAUACUCAGUUAAUUAUGGAAAAAAGAAGAGCUGGAGACAAGGAUUUCAUUGCUCACUCUGUUGAUCUCUUUGUGGACUUUAUUGGCAUCUUCAGAAGACUGCUCAUCAUUUUAGCACAAAAAGAACAAGGAUCGAAGAAGCGCAAAGACUGAAUGGAAACAACCUCUUUAAAAAAAUAAUAAUUGUAAUUACCAACUUAAUAUCAACUGUGUACACUACCAACUAUUUGAAAUUAAAUUUAAGAGUAAAAAUUAUAAUAGUGGGUUUUUGUUUUUAGUUUGAUAAUAUCUUUAUGUAUAUUACUACUCUGUAAGUUAUAUGAUUUAAGUUAUAGUUUAGACCAUUUAAAGGUAAACUUACCUAAUGUCAAAAUUGUUCUUUUGGUAUAGGCAUUUAGUUAUGUUGCAUUCAUUUAAUAGAAUUAUAUUUUUCAUUAAUCACAAUGGUUUUUUUAUAUUAAAAGACUAAUAAAUUUGUUACUUUAACUGAUUA